AACAUUUAUUUGAAAUUAAAGAUUCGAAAUUAUAAACAAUUCAUUGGAAAUCAAAUAUAGAGAAUUGAAUAUAAGUAAUAAGUGAUAAGAGAAAUAACAAAUUCGAAGUCAAAAAUUACAAGUAAGUUUUUGAAAGUUAAAAAUUAGAGAUUCAAAAUCAGAGAUUGGUUAGUGUAGAUAAGAAUGUAGAAAAUAGUAUCUAUUUGAAGUUAGACUCAGUAAAUUGAAGAAUUGAAGAUAAGAGGUAGACGAUAAGAAAUAUGAGUAAGAAAUUUAAGUUCAAAAUUUGAACUUAGAUUGAAAUGAAUGAUUAAAUUAAACGAAACUAUAGAUAAGGAAUUAAAUAUAAAAUCCAUAUUGGAUAUAGGAAAUUGAAGAUAGGAAAUUGACGAGUGUUGGUGUAUAGUUGUGAUGUGAUUUUUGUGAGUGUUUGCAAUGUUUGAGUUUGUAGUGUGUGUUGAGUGUGUGUGUAUGAGUUCAUAGUGUAAGCUGAGAGAUUAAAUUAUUGUUGUUAUUUUAUUGUGAUUAUUUUUUAUUAGGUUUAGAAAUUUUAAAUAGUUGUUUAACUGAAACUGGGAAGUUAAUAGUAAUGGUAUUUUACCCGAAACUAUGACUUAACAUGUUCGUAACAAGUAGGCAAGCAUAUGUGUGAUACAUUAAAUAUCAAGGUGUUGUAUGACUCAAAACAAGCUUUCUAAAAGUCAUGCAAAACUAAAACAAUUGUUUUCAUUCAUUUUCCGAUAUUCGGAUACCAAUAAUAUCGAUUCAUUAUGGGGCACAUUAAUGCAAAAACUGCAUUAAAAACUGGCAACACUGACGGUGGAGGGCGUGCCUUGCAACUGUCAUUAGUUGCUUUAACAACCAGUUGAUUCAUUCGUGUCUUUUGCUGGCAUCAUAUAGAAAGUAAUUUUAUUAGAUUAGAAACAAAAACAAAACUGAUUUUGUCAUAUCAUCAGUAUUAUUCGCUUGUUUUAAGUCCGCCGCGUACAACAGGCCAGUGUAGUCCGGAUCAAGCAUCGUCCAGCACCAACGCAAAUGGAUCCGCUAAAAAUUUUAGCCACCUUGGCUCUGACCUUUUCUCUGUUUAACAUUUGUGCCGCACAUGAGUGCUACGUGUGCUCCAACCAGACGGGUAACACGGAGAAAUGUUUGAACACAAUCAAAACAUGCGCCCAGGGUGAGGAGGCUUGCCUGACGGAGAUCCGGUGGGGCAGCAUGCCGUACUUCUCGCUCGGUGCACUCAAGCAGUUCUACGUGUCCAAGCGGUGUGCCUCGAAGGACGUAUGCAAAAAGACCCGCAGCAAGUACAUGAAGUACUGCACCCACAUCUGGUACGAGGACUGGUCCUGUGCCGAGUGCUGCCUCGGCGAUCGAUGUAAUUACUAUGUAAUUAGUGGAGCACCGCCACACACGAUGUCACUGGUGACCUUCCUGGGAACGAUGGCAAGUCUUCUGAUUGCCAGAUAUCUGACCAAUUUGUAAUCUCGUGAUGCUCGAUCGUCACCCACGAAGCAUUCCGAAACCAUCUAUAAACAAAUAAGUGCCUUUUUUCGCGUUGUAAGAUACACUCAUGAAUCUCCCGAGGUUCUAAUCAAUCCGUCCAUUGUAAGUUUGGCUUUUUUUAUUAGUUGUAAGUGAGAGAUACGACGUUCCCUCGUAUAGGAGGUGGAAAUGAUUAUUGCACAACAAAAUGUUUUUUGUUGAUAGAGUUAUUCUUGUAAUGAUUUUACUUCGAAUAAAUUUGGUUUUAAAUUAAUCCAACUGA